AAUACUUUCUGCCAUUUUGAAAAUAUUUCAAAUAUAUUUACUCAAAUUUCGAAUCGAUACUUUUUUAAACUUAUUUUUUUUUAAUUAAUUGUGUUUGUGAAGAUUUGUUGUGAACUGGGUGUUAGUGACUUUCGCCGUAACACAUACAGGAUGACUAACACGCGUAAUAUAAAGUUCUGGUUCUGCAUGGUGUGCCUGGCUACCUCAAUGGCAGCACCGGCUCCAAUAAAGCUGGACAUCAUUGACAUGGCUGCUAUCAGUCGAAUGACACCGCAACAGCUGGAACUUCUUGCUGAGGGAUUAGCAGCAGAAGAAAUAAUGAGAACCAAACGAUCUUCAGCUCAAGCAAUAACAUCAGCAGUGAUUUCCAAAGCUUCGUCAGGAUUACAGAGUAAAGUUGGUCUCCUUGGCCAGGCAUCCGCUGGUGCGGCGUCAUUCUUAUCAUCAGCUUCGGGAAAAUCUGGACACACUGAACAGGGAUACUCGUAUGAACCGCAAGGAGAAAAAGUUGACUACUGGGGUUUGAAGAAAUCCAUCUUUUACACUUUGUUCCAAGCUGUUAAAGCCAUUACUGGUGGAGUAACUAUCCUGAAGGGUCAGCUAAUCAAAGGAGGUGGUGCACUGGCAUCGACCCUUGGAAAAGUGAUAUCAUCCAAGGGAGACGUCGUUAGCAACUUUGGCAAGAAGAUAGUUAGCUCCGCUGUUUUGAGUGAGAAGAAGCCAGGAUCAACAGCUGUAUACGGACCUCCUCCCACUACACAUCUGGAGUACGGACCCCCAAGUGCUUACGGUGCGACUGCGCCUGCACAGUACUCGCACACAGCGCCAGCCGCGCCUACAGGAUUUGCUGCACACAAGUACCCAGCCCAUUUAGAUGAAUCUCCUCUAUACGGUUCCGUGCUCGACACUGAAAAUUUACAGUACCACCAUUUGUAAAAAAGCCAGCAUCAAGUCUAGAUAUUUGUUUUCUUCGACGUCAAGGUCAAUUUUCAAUCGCAUGUAACAAUCAGUUUUUCUUGCUUUUUUGGUCAGCUAAGCUAUUCUGUAAGUGACAAAUUAAACACUUGGUGCUUGAUCCGUUAAAUUUUGAAAUCCGGCAUACGGUUAUACGUCGUUAAAAUGUUGUAAUAAUUAUUGUAGUCUGUAAUGUUUUCUGACAUUUACGACGGAUUUCUACGUCGAAGUACGAGUUUACUCUUACAUAAUAGUUCCAUAGGAACGGAUAAUAUUUGUUACUAAAAGCAAACUAAA